CUGCAGCACCGGAGGAAGAGCAGGAUCAGCUGAACUACAGAAGAAAUUAAAAUAUUAUAGGAUUUCUCCUGAAAUCUAUGAAAGAGGUGAAGCACAAGCCAUCCUGAAGAAUCUCCAGAACAUGCAGAAAUUGUUUGAUACAUUUAACAGACAGAGGAAACAGAGGAAAGUCCUGACAUGGAGAAACAUCAGCACUCUGUCAAGAGUUUUACUAAACAGAGUGAUCUCAAAAAACACCAGCGCAUUCACACAGGAGAGAAACCACAUCACUGCUCAGACUGUGGGAAGAGUUUUACUCAACAGAGUACUCUCAAAAAUCACCAGCGCAUGCACACAGGAGAGAAACCGUAUCACUGCUCAGACUGUGGGAAGAGUUUUAUUCGAGAGGGUCAUCUCAAAAGACACCAGCGCAUUCACACAAGGGAGAAACCGUAUCACUGCUUAGACUGUGGGAAGAGUUUUACUGAAAAGAGUAAUCUCAGAAGACACCAGCGCAUUCACACAGGAGAGAAACCAUAUUACUGCUCAGACUGUGGGAAGAGUUUUACUCAAAAGAUUGAGCUCAAAAAUCACCAGCGCAUUCACACAGGAGAGAAACUGUAUCACUGCUCAGAGUGCGGAAAGAGUUUUAAUCAACAGAGUCAUCUCAAAAAUCACCAGCGCAUUCACACAGGAGAGAAACCGUAUUACUGCUCAGACUGUGGGAAGAGUUUUACUAAACAGAGUCAUCUCAAAAAUCACCAGCGCAUUCACACAGGAGAGAAACCACAUCACUGCUCAGACUGUGGGAAGAGUUUUACUAAACAGAGUCAUCUCAAAAAUCACCAGCGCAUUCACACAGGAGAGAAACCGUAUUACUGCUCCGAUUGUGGGAAGAGUUUUAAUCAACAGGGUCAUCUCAAAAAUCACCAGCGCAUUCACACAGGAGAGAAACCGUAUCACUGUUCAGACUGUGGAAAGAGUUUUACUGAACAGAGUAAUCUCAAACUGCAUCAGCGCAUUCACACAGGAGAGAAACCGUAUCACUGUUCAGACUGUGGAAAGAGUUUUAAUAAACAGAGUAAUCUCAAACUGCACCAGCGCAUUCACACAGGAGAGAAACCGUAUCACUGUUCAGACUGUGGGAAAAGUUUUACUGAACAGAGUAAACUCAAAAAUCACCAGCGCAUUCACACAGGAGAGAGACCGUAUUACUGUUUCGACUGUGGGAAGAGUUUUACUCAACAGAGUCAUCUCAAAAAACACCAGCGCAUUCACACAGGAGAGAAACCGUAUUACUGUUUCGACUGUGGGAAGAGUUUUACUCAACAGAGUAGUCUCAAAAUACACCAGCGCAUUCACACAGGAGAGAAACCGUAUCACUGCUCAGACUGUGGGAAAAGUUUUACUGAACAGAGUAAACUCAAAAAUCACCAGCGCAUUCACACAGGAGAGAAACCGUAUUACUGUUUCGACUGUGGGAAGAGUUUUACUCAACAGAGUGAUCUCAAAAAACACCAGCGCAUUCACACAGGAGAGAAACCGUAUCACUGCUCAGACUGUGGGAAGAGUUUUACUAAACAGAGUAAUCUCAAACUGCAUCAGCGCAUUCACACAGGAGAGAAACCGUAUCACUGCUCAGACUGUGGGAAAAGUUUUACUGAACAGAGUCAUCUCAAAAAACACCAGCGCAUUCACACAGGAGAGAAACCGUAAUACUGCUCAGACUGUGAUAAGUGUUUUACUAAACAGAGUCAUCUGAAACUGCACCAGCGCAUUCACACAGGAGAGAAACCGUAUCACUGUUCAGACUGUGGGAAGAGUUUUACUUUACAAUUUCAUGCUGUGUUUUUAUGUUUGUUUGUAUACCUACAUUAGUUAAUGCCUGCAGAGCUCUUCAACACUUAGUGUUGUGUUUUAAGAAGUUUUUACACACAGAAUCAUAAAUGGUACCACUAACAGCAUAAACUAGGAACAUACAUUUUUACAAUUUUUUCAGUGAUAUGCUGAAUAAAUAGUAAAGCGAUGAUGCUAGCUCAGAGUAAAAUCGUAUAUUAAAUCUCAGCAUUAGCUUUAGAACUAAUAAUAAACAAAAGUGAGGAUUUUAUCAUUCUGGGACAUUUUUAGGUUUAAAAAUUGAAUAUGCUUUGCCAUAAGUAGGAAAUGAUCAUUUGGUCAACUUAUGUCAUUUACAGCCUUAACACAUUCUCAAUUGUUUACAUAUAAAAACUUUCUUUAUUUUUUCCUCCACUCCACGUUUGUAGUUUGUAGUUGGAGCGAGGGCACUGCCAGUGUUUGCUCCAGAUGUUAGAUUAGCAUUACUUAGUCUUUUAAAAUGUAGAUGUCGUAGUUUAAAGGAGUAGAGUAUUCUUAGGAGUAGAGAAUAUUCUUAGCUUGCAACAAAAGGCCAACAAAAUCCUUUUCAGAGUUAAAAAAAAAAAAAAAAAAACGGUCUAGCUGUAGUUUCCAUACUGAAAGCAACACUCAGCAGGCUAUGCAGCAGUAAGACUGCAGGAUCCUUGAUUCCCUCUACUGCACGUGUCAAACACAAGGCCCGCGGGCCAAAUGUGGCCACAUCCAAGCGAGAGCUUGUAAGAUCUUAGUGUCAAUAAUAAAUAGGUCAGAAGCGUUCUUUGACCAAAAACUACUUUUCCCACAAUGCUUGAUUGUAUUACCCGCGAAGUUACGGCUUACUGCCACUACAGGCAGUGUAGUCAUUGAUGUGGAAACCCUGCCGGAGGGAAGGCGUAACUUCGCGGGUGGAAUUGAGACAUACAAACGUUUAUCCCAUAAUGUCCAGAAAAAGAGAAGCUGAUGCAGACGGACGGCUGUGCUUCAAGGCGAAAGACCGGUAUGCCUUUUAUGUUACGAAGAGUGUUACUGACCAAAAUAAACGCUUGUUAGGAGAGAUAUAAGUUCUGUGUAAAUAUUUAUAAGACAAUAGCUGACAAAAUCUGUUUUAAUGACGUUAAUAAACAUCACUGUGACAGCGCUAGUCACAGUUUCACCACAGCAAAGGACGAGGACGUGAAUCACUUAUCUAACCAGCCUUUACUGAUUUCUGCCCUCAAUAACCCUUUCAAUAACCUCCAAUAGCCUUUAAUAGUCUUCAGUAGCCUUCAACAGUCUAACCUUGCAGCCGUGGUGUGUUCUAAACUCCGUAGUUAUAAACAUCCUGAGGUUAGCAGCACGCUAACUGACCUGUUUAUAAUGUCAUCCCAGCAGUGACUCCGUGACGCUGCAGACUGCCUCAGCUGAGCCCUGUAGCCCGUGGCUUGGUUGUAGCUCUGACUCAGUAAAGACUGUUGGCUUGUGCUGCUGCUGCUCCGACUAGUGGUUGUAUGAGGAACUGCUAAAUCUGAGGAAAUGCUAAAUCUGUCACAUGUUCUUAACAGCUCACAAUUUUUUAAUUUUAUAUUUAUUAAGCCUUAUUUCAGUAUCAAACGUUUUGAUCAAAGUUAAUGUAACUUGUAUUUUAUGUCAUUCCUAUUCACUUGACUAGUUUGGUUCUUGAUUGAUGGAGUUUUUGGAUUUCAUAACAUGACAAAUUAAAAGGAUUUAUGUUAAUAGAGCAACAAGCAAACAUUUUUUCCAUGCAACUGUAAUAUUUGAUUGAAUAAAUAGUAUAUUGAGAGUUAUUUAACAUUAAGGAGUAAUUACAUUCAUUUUAUAUUACAUUUGGUUACAUUUUAUUACAUUUAUAAGUUACAUCUGGCCCUCAGAGGACAGCCAAUAUGCCAAUGUGGCCCUCGGCUAAAAUGAGUUUGACACCCCUGCUCUACUGGUUUUCUCAUUGGUCUAUGGUUCAGUCAGUCUGAUUAAAAAUCUGCAAGUUAAUCUACAGGGAUAUUUGGUUGUGUUGUGUUGCCAAAGUUAUAUACUCUGUUAUCUUUUCCUUAUUUGGUAUCGUUUUGCUAAAGGGUUUUUUUAUAUCUCUAAAGGUACUAAAAAUAUCUAAUCCAUUUACUUUAUUGAUUGUUUGAUCCAGUACCAGCUAUUAUCGUUGUUUUACAUCACCUUAUGUAUUUACUCAUAUUCAUAUCUAUGUGAUUCAAUAAAAGGCUUUUAUAUUGCAAGAUCUGCAAUCUUAUCUAUUCUUUCAACUUAAGCAUUUAGCCAAAAGCUUUUGUACACAGCCAAACAUACAUUCAAGCAACCACUAUAUACAGUGCCUUGCAAAAGUAUUCGGCCCCCCUUGAACUUUUCAAACUUUUGCCACAUUUUGGGCUUCAAACAUAAAUAUAUGAUUUUUUGGUUUGUUUUUUUGUGAAGAAUUAACAAGUGUGUAAGAAUACAGAGGAGUUUUGCCUUACUAUGUUCAUUGUUCAUUGAUUAAAAGGUUAAUCUGUGUGUAACUAAAUUAGCAUUUCACUUAAUCAGUAUGUUAUUCAAGCAUUUAGCACGAUUCAUGAUGAUUCACAUUGUGACUUAGAAUGUAUGUAUAUUGUGUCCUUGUGCUCAAAGCAAGGCCGUUUUUCUUGCAACUUAGCAUGAUUGAUUUUUUCCAGCGGAACCAUGAGUUUCUGUACAUGUAAUCUAUAGUCUGAUAAGGUUGGGGUGACCGAGUUCUCGGCUGACGUAUAGGAUGAAUAACUGCUUAUCAGUAUCAGGAUCCGGGGGGUGUGAGGAGCCUCCUCACACACCAUUAGACUGAGGCCAGGCGAAUGCCUGUAUUUAUUAGACUCUCUGUCUAGGAAGAAGAGUAGAGUUGGGCGGGAGAGCUUCUCCCGAGAGGGACUACAGAGCCACAGGUCCUGUUCACACAGCCGAGAACUCUGGAAACCCCAACUUUUCUCACCUUUGGGGUUUUCCUCUUAUUUUCAACUUUUUAUUUCAAUUCAUUUUUCAAUAAUCUUUUUACUCAAUUUUUGAUGUAUCCAAAAAAACUGUUUUGCUCAGAAGAUUCUUUGAAUAAAAUCUGACGGAACUGA